CUCGGCAGGUGCCAGGGGCCGUCGUGGCCCCGCCCCCUCGCCCCGGUCUGAGGGCGGCGGCAGCAGCCGGCGGAGCGGCCGCGGUGCCGGGGGCAGUUGGGCUUUGGGCUGCGCUGCUCGCCGCCUCUCACCUCCCUUCCUGCAGCGCGCUCGGGGGCACCCGGCGGAGAGGGAGAGAGAGAUAAAGAGAGAGAAGACGAGACACCGACCCUCCGGCGGCAUGAACCGGCCUCAUCGCGGGGCUGCGGGCAGCCGGGGCCUGGGCACCAUGGAGGUGAAGAGUAAGUUUGGAGCAGAAUUUCGACGAUUUUCUCUGGAGAGGUCCAAACCUGGAAAGUUUGAGGAGUUCUAUGGAUUAUUGCAGCAUGUACACAAGAUACCAAAUGUUGAUGUUCUAGUGGGAUAUACGGACAUUCAUGGAGACCUGCUGCCUAUCAAUAAUGAUGACAAUUAUCAUAAAGCAGUUUCCACAGCCAAUCCUCUACUCAGGAUUUUCAUUCAGAGGAAAGAAGAUGCAGACUACAGUGCCUUUGGUACAGAUACUAUGACAAGGAAGAAAAAUGUCUUAUCAAAUGUGUUACGUCCGGAUAAUCACAAGAAGAAACCACACAUCGUCAUUAGCAUGCCACAAGACUUCAGACCAGUGUCUUCUAUUAUAGAUGUAGAUAUUCUUCCAGAAACCCAUCGUAGGGUACGACUUUACAAAUACGGAACUGACAAACCCCUUGGAUUCUAUAUACGAGAUGGCUCUAGUGUCAGAGUAACACCACAUGGAUUAGAGAAAGUUCCGGGGAUUUUCAUAUCUAGGCUUGUCCCUGGAGGUCUGGCUCAAAGCACAGGCUUGCUGGCUGUCAAUGAUGAAGUACUAGAGGUGAAUGGAAUAGAGGUUUCAGGAAAAAGCCUUGAUCAGGUUACAGACAUGAUGAUUGCAAACAGCCGUAACCUGAUCAUUACAGUAAGACCAGCAAACCAGAGAAAUAAUGUUGUGAGGAACAGUCGGACUUCUGGCAGCUCCGGUCAGUCUACUGAAUCUAGCCUUCCAAGUAGCACGCCGAAUAUUUUAGCAAAUUUAUUGCCAGGAGACGAGGAGAGCGAUGAAGAGGACAUUAUUAUUGAAGAUAGUGGUGAUCCACAGCAGAUUCCGAAAGCCGUGCCUCCCAGCGAAAGCCUAGAAUCGUUGACACAAAUUGAACUCCUUCAUGAGUCAACUCAAAAUGGAUUCCUACUUUCCAGCGAGAUGAACUUGAAUCAUUCAGCAGGCAGCAUGAGCAUGGAAUAUGAAGUACAAGGUCCAGAUCAUAAAUCAUUAGAAGAAGAUGGAACUAUAAUAACACUAUGAAAUUACAUUGGUGUACGUUGUAUGAAGGAUGCCAUACAUGUUUUAAUUUGGCUUAAUAUGUAAUACAUUUUAUACCUCUCAUCUACCGAGCACUGCAGUUAGAUUAAAAGGAGGGAAAAAAGUAAACACAAGAAGUUCAAAAUUAUGUAAGUUGACUAACUUUAGUUAAUUCUGCACUUCAGUGUAAAUACUUCACAAAGAUGGAACAUAAUUGAUGAAUGACCGAAAUUGGAUGAGGAAAAUUUAAAUAGAAAAUGAAGGAUAGCUGAGAUGGCUGUGAGCUUUCUUUUAAAGGUACUUGAUUUUUAUAUAUUUUUAAUGCAGAGUACUACUGGUUCUAUAGAAGUAAACUUCCAUUAUUGUGUCGGGUUGACUGUCUAAUGUACUGUGGUUUCAUGUUCAUCUGAAAUGCUGUUUAUGUGUGAUGGAGCUGCUGUAGCCACUUCAUUCCUGUUCAGGACUGUUGUUUAGCUGGUAGAGCUGUUUGUGUGGCUCUGUGUAUGAGGAAACUGAAAAAUAAGCAGGAGGUGGUGUGGGAAGAGAUAUUUGUGGUUGGUCUAGUUCCCUGACUGACACCUUGAGCAAUAGGGAUAUGUGAUAGUGGUCAGCAAUUCGACAACAGUCAGGGUUUGAAGGUGGGGGCUUCUGAAGUUGACUGUUCCUUUGUAAGUGAACGUGCAACCACAGGCUCAUUAGUCAUGCACCUUUACUGGCUUUAGUGGCAAGGUAAGCUUAUUUUUAAUGACUGAUUUUUAAAUUCAAAUGUGAAAGGUCUUAACACUUAUACAUCAAAGACCUGUUCUCAUUUUAGUCUGUAAUAUUUAAGGAUAUCAUCUGAUUUAGUUGCUAAUCCCAGUAAAUUUCAAAGAAAUCAAAUGUAAACUUAAUGGAAAUAAUAUAAUCUAUGUUAAAAUCGCAGUCCUAGUAGAAGCUGUAAAGGUUUCUACUAGCAAAGGUUUGUUGUAGUGAGUCUGAAUUAUGUAAAAAGUGACUUUCUUCAAACCUGAACAAGUUAGAACAUCUUAAAUUAAUAGCAAUCCCUGGAUUAAAAAGAAAAAGAGUUUUAAAUCAGAAUGAGGCUUUAAUAGAACUUGCUUGGGCCAUGUGAUAUUAAAUUAUUUGUUAUAAAGAACUAAACUGUAAAUGCUGAUCUUUCUGUGUACCACUGGCUGGGUAUUUUGAAUAUUACAAAGUUGCUAUAUGUAAAACAAAAUACUGAUGACAAGUCCUGAUACUGCAAGUGCAUAAGUAUGCAUGUAAUCAGCUGCAAACUUACUAGGAGAAUUGCGGGGAGAGGUUUGUAGCAUUAUUUUUACCCUUUCCCUUUUUAGUAUCUCCUGCUUUACCACUUUGGCACUCAGUUCCCAACCUGAUCCUUCUCUGGGAACAGAAGGUGUUGCAGGAAAAUGAGAUGGGGACUAACAGGAUCGUGGAGAAGGAUGGAUGGAUCUUCUCACUGGGGGAUCCAGUAGUCUAUGUCAACCUCUAGGAAGGAAGUAGGAUGCUACCUGUUCUGUACUGGGGUACUGUGCUUAGUCUGGGUUCUUAGAAGCAUGUUCUACACUGUAGGGAGAUAUGAUGAGCAGGAAAGGAGACUAACCCCUUUCUCUUUCCUUCAUUCUAUCUUGAGGAAACAUCUACCUCUGGUAACUUUACUAAUAAGAGACUAACCAUAAGUUUAGUGUUAAGGCAACUGUAAAAGUCUGUAUAGGAUAUCAGAGGCUAAAACUUCUGUAAUGAUGUAAGCAAAAUUGCUUCAGAAAUUACUGCUGUUUAAUUUUACUAAAUGCAAGUCUUAAAUUCAUAUCAUGAACAGUGCUAUUUUCAAGCCUCCAAUCCCUUGGAGUUCAAAUCUCAUAGAUGUCAGGAAAGGUAUCCAUGACCAUUUUGAUUUAUGGAGAGUUAGGAUAACAGACAAUGGUACUCUGCAAAUACAGGUUAGAGUUCUGCUGCGUCAGAUUUAUUUAUGGUUUCUUCAGCGUACAUAUGGAGACACCCUGGAAUGUUUUCCAACAUGAGCAAGAAUUUUGAAGUGUGUUACUUAUUUCGUUAGUAAUUAUUAAAAAAUGAAGUAACUACAUCCACUUAGUGUGAAAUGAGGAAAACAAGUGCUUGUUCUGCAACAUGUAGACUUUAAAUAUACAUGUUUUCUGUCAGUGCUGCUCUACACUUCCUUUAUUUAAGGACAAUUGUUUACUUUUAAAUGUCUUUUUUUUUUUUCCUUUAUCAAAGACUUUCCUUCCUGUAUGAAAUCAUCAGUGGAGGGUGACUUUCACUUAUUAUGCUAGUUUGCACUUAUGUGCCUUUUGUUUACUUGAAUGUAUUGUGAAUAAUCAAAGGAAUAAAGGCACUUGGAUGAGAAGAGAAAUGAAGUCCACAGAUACAGAAAAUGAACUGGUAGUGCACUUAAUACAGGUGUAGUGUUUCCAUUCAGUGGAAAUACAUAAUGGGUCUAAUGUGGUAUGUUAGUAUUUUGCAGCUUGGAUAAUAGCUUUGAGCUAUUAACUGACACAGGAGGGCUGAGUCUGAGAAAGCCAGUGUUGCAAGGGAGCUUAUUGCUUAGGUGGAAACACCCAAGGUUAGCGUGCUGCCAAAUUCUGUGUUACCUAAUCUGUACUUGUAACAGAUGCAUGAAUAUUUUGACUGUAUAUGCCAGUAUUAUGGACUUGUAGGAAUUUAACUAGAGUCCUACUCUAAAUUGCAUGAGAAUUCAUCUCUUGGGACCUUUCCUGCAAACUGAUUAAUCUAAACGGGAGAUAAUACUAUUUGACAAACAUCACGUUAUUUUACAGAGAUCUGGUAACAUAUAUUAAAACUAAGCAUUUAGGACUUGAUAAAAAUAUUAAAGAAUAAACCUAAAAAUGAGUUUUUAAAAGUGUAUAUUUAGAGUUACUAUGACAGACUGCACAGCAUGUAAUUGCUUAAUGCUGCAGUUACCAUAAAGUUUCUAAAGUUCUUCCAUAUCUUACUAAUGCAUACAAUGUUAAUUACAAAAUAUUUUAAAAUUGUUACUUCAGGAUGAUCAACGGUUGAUUAUGAGUGGCUAAACUUAAUUUUAUAUAUAAAUGAUACUGGUGUUCAGUAUAAGUUUUUUUAAAAUAUGCUGAUAUUGUUAGCCUUUCAUUCACUACCUCCUAAAUUUUUAACAUCUUUAUAAUUUCCUCCCUGGAAGAAAAUACUUAAAGGCUUGACUGUUUUAUAUAGAUUUUAUCUUUAGCUAAAAAGAAAAAAUCCAAAAGUCAUAGUGAGGAUGCUACGCAUGAUUGACAAUAUUAUGCUGCUAUUAAUGUAAUCUUUGUGUAUUAAGUAUCCUGUAUAUGUAAAUUGUAUUUUCAAUCCAGAUUUUAUAAAUUAAUUUAUAAUUAUCCAAAUUAUUUCGGAAUGGAAAACUAAAAUUCCUUUGACUUGUGUUAUAUGUUGUGUACAUGCACAGUGGGGGGACAAUUCAUUCUUUACUUGUGACUGGGAGAUUUAAGUGCACCUUAAUAGAAAAAAAAAUUCUUAAUAGAAUUAAGAUGCAUUUACUUUAAAGUUCUGCUAUGGUACUGGAUAAGUCAAGCCUAACUGUGAAUCAUUUUUUUUUUAUUUCCACAGCUGGAUUAAAUUUAGGACAAUGUUCUCACAAGCUGUCUUUAACAUGUGUAUUUUUGUGAAUACUAUGUAUUUUCUAAUUAAAUUUUACUUGCAAUGUGAUUUUUACAUGAAUGAACUUGUUUAAAAUGUCAAAUAUCAGUAUUUUUCUUACAACUUUAAUGUAUAAUGUACAUUGGUAUCUCACUGAAUGAAGAUUGAUUUUACAAAAUCAAGCUAGAUGUAGUUGUAUAUUAGUCUUAUAUUUUUACAGACUGGAAUAAUAAAUGGACACAGAAAUAAAA